UAAUGACGUCGAUGUUUCUGUCGGAAGUGGUUGUGAAUAGGUAGCAAUGGCAGAGCUGGAUAUUGGACAGCAUUGUGGGGUUGAACACUGUGGUCAGUUAGACUUUCUCCCAUUUGUUUGUGAUUCCUGUUCCAAAGUGUUUUGCCUCCAGCAUAGGAGUCGAGAAUCCCAUGGCUGCCAAGAGCUGGUGACAAACACCAGCGACCCUGUUAAAUCAGAGGGAAACACACUAUACCCAUGUACAUAUAAAAGCUGCAGUGGAAAGGAAUUGGUUCAGGUUUUAUGUCCUUAUUGUGAAAAGCAUUUCUGCUUGGGACACCGUCACCAGUCAGAUCAUGAAUGUGAGAAACUCGAAAUCCCUAAACCUCGGAUGUGUGCUACCCAGCAGCUUGUCAAAGAAAUAGUAGAUUCCAAAAAGUCAGCUGCACCAAAAAAUGUGCGAAAAGGAGCAAAGAAUAGCGAGACAGCAGCAAAGGUAGCACUAAUGAAACUAAAACUGCACGCUGUAGGGGACAAAUCUCUGCCACAGACUGAAAGAGUCUAUUUCCAAGUUUUCUUGCCAAAGGGUAUGAAAGAAAAAAGCAAACCCAUGUUCUUCUGUAAGAAAUGGAGCAUCGGAAAAAUAGUAGAUUAUGCCGCUUCUCUAGCAAGUCUGAAAAAUGACAACAAUAAAGCCGCAGCAAAAAAACUGAGAGUGUGCCACACGGAGACAGGACAGAUCUUGCCUUUGGAUAACACAUUGGAAACAUGGCUUUCUAGCACAGAAGCGCCUUUAUACAAUGGUGGCAAUAUCAUUCUAGAAUAUGUGGACAAUGAGAUCUCUGUGUUGGAAGAUGUUAACUUAUAUUUAAUAUGACACUUUUAGAGACUGAAUUUGAAAUGGAAAAAAAACUCAAACAUGCUAAAAAUAUGAAAUAAAUAUUUAAGUACUUUUUA